AUGAAACUAAACGUAAAGAAUGUCCGAUGGACUGAAGAAUUGAGGCAAGCAUGCAGACAGAUAUUCGCACGACAUCUAUUGGAGAAAGAGAGAGGUACUACGAGUGUGUACGAUGCUGAACAAAUUAAGGAGAAUUGCGAUGAACGACUCAGUACGAUGAGUGAACGAUCAUCCAGAAAAUCUCUUGAUUUUCUAGAAAAUGCCGAAACAACUAGAAAUUGCCGAGAGUGCAGGGUCAUGAGACAAAGACUGAGUAAUCUUAUGCAACCGAAAGGUCCUCUCCAAUUUUCUCUCGCUGCACACAAUGACAUACAUUUCGCAUUCAUUCCCUCACUCAUUUUAGCACUAGUCAUACCCUUUCUAGAAGCUUCCCAACCUUCCGGUGUAACAAUGGCAUUGAUUUUUGUCUGCACUGCUACAAUGACAACAAGACUUGAAUAA